AUGGGAAAUAAAAAGUCGAAGAAGAAGAACAAAAGAAUACAAUUGAAUGACAUCCAGGCCAGUAACAAAAACAAUACCAACGAGGAGCCUCAGGUAGAAGGCCUUGCAGCUCAGCCUGCGCCUGUCGAAAAUGGCCAUAAGAAAGAACUUCGAGACAUGGCGUCGGAAGACCCUCCAGCAGAACCCCCGAAGGAGCAAGAAUCCACACCCAUGGAAGUCCCUGACAAUCCAACCGAGCCGGAAUCCACGGAUAUACCACAGGACGAUACCCCAUCGGCUGAACCUGUUGCCGAUUCCCCCAUGGGGGAUGAAAUAGGCGUAGAGGAGAGCACGAAAGACGCUAUGGGCCAAUCGACCGAAGAAUCGGCGGAGAAACCGGAAGAAACGAGCGGAAAUGACAAUGAACAUGAGCAGAAAGAUCAAGGAGAAUCGCCAGAGGAUGAAGGCGACCAUCCCGCGGCUACAUGCGAAGAGCCUGCAGAGCCGUCACAAGGAGCUGAUCCUGUCGAACCCAACGCCGAUGCUCAAGCGGAAGAUACGGAUGCUCCAAAACAGGAGACUGAAGGAGGAGAAAAUGAAGACGAGUCGAAGUUCCCAGAUGUUGAUCCCGCGGCAGAAAUCGACCAAGUUGAGGCGGAGAAGGAGGCAGAGAAAGCUGAAGCGAACCUUGAUGACUUUGGUUAUGACGGAACAUUUGCAACUCUAGACGGAGGUGGUGACCAGGAAGGGGACCAUACACCAGUUGAAACUGAGAAUACCUCUCCAUCGGAAGACACUAAUGGUGGCACAAAGCAAGAGACAGAAACGGAGGCGACGGAAGAUUCCCCUCUUGAAGUGAGUGCCGGAGAAGCCGACGCUACGGAGGGUAGCGUGCCGAAGGAUCCUGAAUGCGCAGAAAAAGAAGAAGCGGAACCAGAGCCAACGGAACCAGCGGUGUCCGUGGAUUCCACCGAAGAAAUCCAAGGUGAUGAUGAGGCGAAAUGCCUAGGUGAAAGUGGAUUACCUGAAGAACUUAGUGAAAUUAAGGGCGAGCCUGAUGCUGGCGCACAGGCUUCGGAAGCAGAGCAGAAGAGUGAUGGAGCGGCUGAAGGUGCUGUAUCGGAACCCUCAACCGCCGAAGCCCCCAGGACCGACGAAAAUGCCCCUUCAGGCGCGAAUACCUGCGCUGAGGAGAUACCCGACCAAGUUGAAGGCGAAGGGGAGAGCCCUGCAGAAAACGAGACUGAGGCUAAGGAAGUUAUUGGAGAUGAGAGCGAAGCGUUACCUGCAGAAGGAGAAGAAAACCCUCCGACCACUGAGCCUGAAGAGGCCGCGCCAACUGGCGAAACCGAUGCGGCACCCGAUACAGGGGCACCAGGUGAUUUAAUUCCCGACGAAGAAGCGCCAAUGAACACUCAAGAAGACACGCCAAGUGAGAGCAAGGUGGAAGAGGCAGCUGCGCAGGAAAAUGCUGUUGAAGAGUCACCUCAUGACUCCGAAAUGACCCAGGCAGAAAAUGCCGAAAAAGCACCCCCCACUGAAGCAGAGGAAGCGGCCGGUGAAGGCUUGGACCCAACAGAAACCCCACCAGAAGAGGACCAACGGGAAAAGACUGUACCCGAACCGGCUGCGGAAAUUGCUGAGACAAGGGCCGAUGAAACGCCAACUGAGGAUACGCCGGCAGAAGCUGCUCCCUCCGAAGAACCCGUGGCAGAAGAACCUCCUGAGAAGCCUGAGGAUGAAGGGGCAGAGAAAAAUGACUCUCCUGCUGAGGAGCCACCCGCUGCCCUAGAACCUACCGAACAAACAGCAGAGGAAACACACGAGGAGGAAUCACCGGCCGACCAGGAACCAGCCGAGAGGAACCUUGGCGAGGAAGCUCUAGCUGAAAGUCCACCGGCGGCCCAUGAACAACAGACUGGUGUGGACGAGGCCCCAGCCGAAGAAAAAGCGGUCGAAGAGCCAGCAGCUGUAGAAUCCCCGGCGGUUGAAGAACCUGGUACCAAUAACGCCGAUCCCGCCGAGGCUCCUAUUCCUGAUGACCCAGCAGAAGGACCCUUGGAGCGGUCGCUAGAAGAACCAAUUGCUGACCCAGAUCCAACGCCAAGGGGUUUAUUUGGGCAGGAAGCAAUAGAUGAAAGCAGGCGUAGACGACGCAGACGACGAUCAGAAUGGGAACAUGAACGACACGACUCAAAGGGCUCUAUGGACAUCCAACCUGGUCUUCGACGUCGGAAAAGCGAAAGAGCGCCUUUCGCAGAUCCCAUGGCAGAUGCAGCAGCGCGCGCUAGAUCUCGGGGACAUGCCAGAGCAAUUGUUGAGGAAGACCAGGACGAAAAACGAAGAAGGAGGCGUACCCAAGAAGCAGAACGCUCUGCACCAAGACACCGCGAAUCUCGCCAUGACACGACCUCACGAAGCCGGGGCAGUUCGAGCCACAAUAGCAUCUCUUCUCUGACGGCAAAGCCGGUUGCCCUCCUCAGACGAAUGGCCACCGGAGAAUCAGAUACUUCGGGCCCCAUGCUGAGAGUAAAUGUAGACAGCUCGAGUUCGUCAAGGUCAGGGAGCCAUUCAGACUCAUCAAAUCGCUCCCGGUCCCAUGGCCAUAGCCAAGGAAAGCAGCGACAACACCACCGCGAAAAGAGUUCCGGCUUCGAAGAGGAAAGGCGCCGACGAAAGGAUUCCAUGGCGGAGCCAUCUCGUGCUCGUCGCGAUCACAGGGAACCCAGGGAGCACCGAGAACAGAAUCACCGGUCGAGAAAAGAAAUUGAGCGUCAGCCACGGCCCUCAAGAAGGGAUAGUCAUGCUUACUAUGACGAACGGGAGCGGCGACGAGAGCGACGUUCUUCUAGGCGGUACGAAGAAGAGCCUUCCCGAGGUUUCAGACUUCGAGAUAAGAUUAGAGAGAACUUGAAAGCUGUGAUUGCGGCGGCAUAAAACGGGUUAACAAUACAUGAAAACCAUCAGAUGCAACUUUUUGGCUUCUUUUCCCCUUCAAAGGGGAUGAGAUCUUUCAACUCUGGAUUUAGCGUGAUUUAGUGCUUUUUUUGUUCUUUUUGUCCUUGUUUUCAUAUUUAGCAUCAAGCAUUUGUUGGAGAAUGUUUUAUUUGGGCAUUUCUAUGGUUCGAGACACUUGUAUGAUCACAAAAGGGUGUUUCCAUUCUUGAGGGAUGCUUGCCAGUCCAGUCUUGUAUUUACAAAUGUCUUUUGCAUCAAAUUGUUCUUUCAAAUGUCCUUCUGUUCUCCAGUCAGUUUUCACGAAGUUUAUGCUGAUGAUGUGAUGGUGUGCACGAAAUGAAAUCUGCAAGCUUAUUUGGCAUCCUGUGGUUGGUGAUGUUGAUGUGACACUCCGCUUCUGUUGUUUGUUGUUGCCCGACAAUGAUGGGGAACAGAUUGGAGGGAUACAUCAGAUCCUAUUGCUGGAAUUUGGUAGUCUGAAUUUGAAUAUAUUUUUGAUAAAGUCCUA